CCAACUCUUCCCAUCGCGACGCGUCAUUCGCAAUUUUCUUUCCUACACCCACCUUCACAUCCCAGCACAAUCGCUCUUUGUUCGGAUUGGAUUGGAAGAAGUACUUAGUUCGGACCUCAACCCGUCAUAACCGAACCGCUUUAUUCACGAUACCCAGACUGUACGCCAGGGGGAGAGAGAUCUCGAAACGCAAUACAAACUCGACCUCAAUCGCAACCAUCCACUCAUUCACGGGACAGUCUUCACCCACCCACCAUCCCCCCUGACAAGAGAGAAGCAAUGGCCCGCAAAUCCGCCUCCAGCACAGCACCAGCACCAGCACCAGCAGACCCCUCGCGCUCUUCACCCACCCACUCCCCGUCGCAACCCUCCUCCCCCCACCUCGACACCGCGGCCGCCGCAGCAGCGACAGGAACAAUCGAAGCUACCGAACAACAGCUCAAAGCCCGCGCAGAAGCAGGCGUAGGCAUUGAGGACUACCUCCUCCCCCGCUCUCUGACCAUCCGACUCGCCAAAUCCGUCCUCCCGCCCAACACCUCCAUCCAGAAGGAUGCGGUAUUAGCUAUUCAGAAGGCAGCGACGGUGUUUGUUUCGUAUUUGAGUUCUCAUGCCAAUGAAGCAACCCUAAAACGAACCGUCGCGCCGUCGGACGUAUUCAGCGCGAUUACGGAGCUGGAGUUUGAUUCGUUCCGGGCGCGCCUGGAAAAAGAGUUGGACAUGUUUACGGAGUUGAAGGCUGGGAAGCGAAGGGGGAAGAAGGAGGGUCCGUCGAAUGCGGCUGCGAGUACGGCUCAGGAGAAGAGUGCGGCGGGGGCUGAUGUUGAGAUGGAGGACCAGGAGGAUGAGGAUCGCGGGGCGAAGAGGGUGAAGAGGAGUGCUCCUGCUGGCACUGCUGCUGGCGCCGUCGGUGAAAUGGCGGACGAGGAUGAGACGCAGGAGGAGUCGGGGCGGGGGGAUGGGGAUGGGGAUGAGACGGAGGAGGUGGAGGAGGUUGACGAGGAGGAGGACGAGGAAGAAGAUGAAGAGGAGGACGAGGACGACGAUGAAGACGAGGAGGACGCUGAUGAGCACAAGGAGGAGGAGGAUAUUGACCGCGUCGAGGACCUCGAUGCCAAUGAUGCCAGGAAUCGCGCCCGAGUCAUGAACCCCGAUGUGGACGGGGAUGAGACGGACAGUGAAAAUGAGUCUGGGCCGGGGAACCAGCUGAGAGGGGAAUUGGGCUAGAUUUUCCAUGCGUAUUUUCUCAUGAUGAAUCUGCAUUGAUAUGCCUGCAAAUAUAAAGUACAAACGCGUUUGGAUACCCAAGUCA